GCUUCCGGUUACCUGGCGGGCCUGAGAGGCCGCUCUCCCGCCUCCGCCCUGGACGCUCCUGCACUGCAGACUCCCCCGAGACGGGGGCCCCGGACCCCAGGGCUCAGAAGGACUCAACCAGGACUUUCCAAAAGUUGCCGCGGGGCCUUCCAAUCCCCUCGGCCAUCUCCCAAGUCAGGCCAGGCUGAUGGAGCCAGCGAGGAUUCUCUGCACCUUGACAUUCAGAAACUGAAGGAGAAGAGGGACCUGCUGGACACGGAGAUCUCCCAACUAAUAUCUGAAGGCUACAGUGUGGAUGAACUGGAGGACCACAUCUCCCAGCUCCACGAGUAUAACGACAUCAAGGAUGUAGGCCAGAUGCUGCUAGGCAAGCUAGCCGUGAUCCGAGGUGUCACCACCAAAGAGUUGUAUGCAGAAUUUGGCUUGGACAUGAAUGACUGAGCAAAGGCUAACAGCCCCUUGCCCAUGGCCCACUGGGACAGGCAGAUUUGGACAUGAGAGGCAGCGAGAGCCCAGCCAGAACAGAACACCCACAGGCUUCCCAGCAAGAAAGGGUCAGGAGCCCUUUUCUAGAGAGCUCAAGCUGAGUGAGGAGGGAGCCCAGAGAAAAGGGAAAAAGAGAAGAAGGGCUGUUCCCUGCUCCAAGUUUCCUGAAAUGUCCAGUGAUAUCUGUGUGUGUGUGUGUCUCCUAUUUGUAAAUAAACAUACAAGCAAUCUUGGUAUAAAUCUG